AGAUUGAAAUACAACUAAAAGACGGAGUAGUUCCUACACCACUUGAGAUGGCUGGGCAAGUAGUUUCUUAUAUGGAGGACAGAGGCUUUUUGGAAGCUUAGUGGUCGCGCUUUCUGCCUAUAACAUGAAAAGACUCACAGAGGGAAUUCCCGUAAAUGUCUAGUUCCUUCCAUCUGUUUUAACCAUUGUAUGUGCAUUUUUGGUAUGAUCAGUUUUGAGAUGGUACAUAUACGUUCAUCUGGUGUCUACGUCCAUAGAAUGUCAGAUGCGAUGCAACUUUAUGCUGCAUAAUUAGUUAUGCACCAUCAGCAUCUUGAAAUUUUAUCACUAAUUUAGCUUCAGAGUUCGAAUGUCAUGUAGACGAUAACCUUUGUUACUUUUCGUGCAAACUUCCGAGGGGAAGAUUGUCAUCUAGAAUCUGUUCCUUUCGCGCGUAAUGUGUCUGUUCCGGUGACACUUUGUUCUGCUUUGUCUUAUUGCUCCUUAAUGAGAUUUUUUUCAUGCGUCUUGGAAGUGAA